GACAAGUCAGCGAAUUAGUUGACAAUCUUAAAGAAAAAUUUAAUAUCCAAGAAACUACAGUAGUUUCACCAACCACCGCGGCUUUGGCUAGUGAAAAAACGGAGGAAAAAUCUAGUAAUGUUUCGGUCAAAUGGGGAGGCAUAAAAAAAGAAGGAGCAAGUCUAAUACCA